GUUGACUUCCGGAAAUAAAAAAAACAGAUCAAGAAAUACUUCUUAUUUAUGACGACUCUACGCAGUUGCUUGGGCUGAAAGGCCCAAUCAAGACACAUGAAUGUAGAGCAUCUUGCAUCUCAACAGCAAGGUGGAGGCCACCAUCCAAUACCUAAUUCAGUAUAGAUGCGAGAAAGGGCAACAAUGGCUGAGGGCCUUCAAGGAGGGAUGGCACAUCCUGUCUUGGUGAAGACCCUGCGAUUAGGGAGUAACAGAGACAGGAAGCAAUGUCUUCCCAUCAGCCUUGCUGUUCUCCCUGAUUAUACUGUAGCCAUUGUUGAUCAGAGUAAUAGCUGUCUUAAGAUGGUCAACCUUAUGGAGGAGCGACUCACUGGAGUAUGGCCUACAAAAGGCAAUGGACCAGCUGGUGUUACAUACCUGAGUCAUCUGCAGAAGUUGGUUGUUUGUGAUGAAAGCACAGGAGUGCUGCAUCUUCAUAACUUAGAUGGCCAACCUGGCUAUAGGUGGGGAAGCAAGUUCAAAGAACCGGGAUUUGUUCGUCAGAACAGGAAAGGCGACAUCAUCAUAAACGAGCAAUACAAUAGCACGAUACAGAUCUACGAAUCGAAUUGGAGAAAAAAAUUUGAUCUUAACCCCGAUAUAUUUGACUUUCAUAGUGUGAACUAUAUGGCGCUUAACAGUAAAGACCAGCUCUUAGUCACUGAUAUGGAGAUGGGAACUCUGAAGAUUUUCGAGACUGAUGAACAGUUACGUCUUAAAACAUUCCAAUUAUCCCAGCAUGCAAUGGGUGUUUGCGUUGAUAUGAAUGAUACAAUUUAUGUAGCCGAUGGUGGACAGUCGAAAAUUUACAAAAUCGACAGUGAUUUUCUGGAAGUUGACCGACAGCCUGAAUGUAUCAUUGAUAAUCUUAAGAUUGGAGAAAAAUUUCUUCCGUAUGACAUCGCCAUAUUGCCAAAUUCAGAUCGCUACCUCUUGGUUCUCGAUACAGCUGGAGGAGGAAAUCUCAGAUUGUUUGAUCUGAAAUAUGAUGAUUCUUCAGACAUCUCUGCGGAGGAUUUGUUUGCAGUUUUUCUUAUUGAGAAUCUCCCUGAUGUAGCGCCACCUAUCCUUGGUAGUAAACUCCUAGAUGAGGCGGAAACUGCUCCUGAAUUCAGCGGGAUAUCAACACGAACCACUGGAAUCCAAAGGCCAAGAGUCCCUCCAGUUGGUGGUGCUGUCCCCCCAGAGUAUCUCGCAUACACCCCCAGUGCUCCUUCACUCCCAGGGCUACCUCGGCAAGAUUAUACUCCCAGUGGUUCCCUCCCCAAUCUAUUGAAUUACCCUGUGGGAGAUACACCAUACAACCAGCCGGCUGCUUCUAUUGUUCAGGCCUCGGAUAGACCACCUCCAAUUCCACCCCGUACUUUCAGGCGCAACGAUGAUCACUUACCGCUACCCAGUGCCCCACCCAUAGAGGCUGCUCCAUUCAUUGAGUCAUUACCAAGUGCCCCAACCAUAGAGGGAACUACCCUCAGUGGGUCAUUGCCAAGUGCCCUGCCCAUAGAUGGCUCUGUUCAGAGUGGGACAUCUGAGAAUCCUCGGGCACCUAGCACCAUGGGGCCUAUUGCAAGACAAUUCAGCGAUACCCACAAUCCUGUAGAUGUUGACGCUAUCCUUGAUGAACUUCUUGAUACCAGUGAUAAUUCUGUAGGUCAAAAUGAAGCUGCAGAUGAAGCCAAUGCUGUUCCAGAAUCCCCAGGAGUGCCUCAAGCAAGUGCACCCCAAAGUGAGGCCCCUGUAGAAAUGGCAUUAGACCCGGCUAGAGGUGUCAGUAUUAUAUAUCGUGUCCCAGGCCAAGCACAAGGUGAUAUGUAUCAAAGGUGUUAUUUAACUGCAGUUGUGAUGUGGUCAGACACCAAAGGAAUAAUCGUAGAUCGUAACAAUUGUGCCUUGAAGGUUUUAAAUAUUCCAGAACGGAGAAUUAGUGGUGUCAUGGGAGUUGGGAAAUUAAAGGAGCCACACAGUGCAGUAUAUAUAAAACAUUUGGACAAGAUGGCGGUGACAGAUCGGGCAGAUGGCUGUAUUAAAGUUUUCCAACGUGAUGGAAACUGUUCGAAAUGGGGCUGCAAGCUAAAAUCUCCAGAAGGAAUAGCCUACGCAGAUGAGAAAAUUUAUGUGUGUGAAAACAUGGAAUCUGUCAAUGUCUAUAGUAAAGCGUUCCAAUUAUUAAGCUCUCUCAAUAUCAAAAGAGGGGGACUCACAAAACCUUUAUCAGUCACAGUGAGCACAUCUAAAUAUAUCUUUGUUUCUGAUGACUUCAACAAAAAGGUGCUAGCGUUUAAUGAUGUUGGAAAUGUGGCAUAUAACAAUGUUGAUAACUCAAAUUUUGAAAUGCCCAAAUGUAUGUGUACAGAUAAACUUGGGAGAGUGUAUGUUGCAGACUGUAUGGGGCUUUCAGUUGUCAGGUUAUCACCAUUAGGGGAAUAUAUAGACACUCCAGUUAAGGAUUUGUUUAACUCAGAAAAUCCAUAUGCAUUGACUGUAACGAAAAACAUGGAGUUGAUCGUGACAACUGGACAGGGAGGGAUUUAUGUGAUUGAUUUGGGAGAAGGUACGGAGUCUACAAUGACAUUGGAUUCCAACCCAAGGUCACCACUAGGAGUUGUGGUUACAAGGUAUGACCAAAGUUCAUUUGGAUUGGUCAGUAGUAUUCAAGCACAUAUGGCCGCAAAUCCGCCACGUUCCAGUCGUACGCUGCAAUCUUCUGUACCACAGAAUACUCGUUCAACAGUUAGGAACCCUAUAUCCCAAAGAAUUCCCUCAAGAUCUGUACCCCGACCCCCAGUUCCAGCCCCGUCGAGAUCGAGAUACCUAACUGAGGCAGAACUGCGUCAACAGGAAAGGGAUGAACUUAGGAUAAGGCUGAAUGAAAUGCAUGACCGUUGGGCUCGGCCUCUGAGAGUUGAUCCUGAUACAAGGCCUCGUGGUAAUAACUUGGCUUCCAUGGUAAUGGGACCCUCAUCUUCUGCCUCUGCCCAGGCUAGCUCCAACCAGAGUGACAGCACAGAGGGCCUCAACGCUAGGGCGUUCCAGGCCAAAGUGGUGAAAGAUACACUGAACUGUCAUAUAUCAAGUUUGGCUACACUUGACGGAAACCACAUUCUUAUACUCGACGCAAACAACCAAGUCGUCAAGUUUAUGAAUGUUGAUUCGGGAAAAGUUGUACGGGAAACUGGCAGAGGAGGUCUCCAAGUCCCAACAGCCUUAGCAUUUCUUCAAGAUAAAAGACGUAUUGUGAUAUGUGAUGGUAACACAUUGAAAUUAUAUGACCCAUCCGGCACAUUUGUUAUGACAUGGGGUCGAAAAUUAAACAAAGAAACAUUACUGUUGCCGAGUAGCAUAUGCACAACCAUAAAUGGCAAUAUUGUAGUUGCGUCCCCGGAGAAACGUAACGUUCAAGUUUUCGCCUCAAACUGGCAAGAACUGUUUCGAUUGGUCCCUUGUGGUAGCUGUCCAUUGGCUGUUGUGUCUAAUGACAAUGGAAAUAUUUUCGUUCUUGACUCGGAAAAGUGUUGCAUCUACAAAUAUGACUCUGGAGGAGUCUUUAUAAGGACAUUUGGGGAACACGGCAUGGAACUGGGGGAGUGGAUGAACCCCACGGGCCUUGCGAUAGACAGCAAUGGGGUACUUUACGUAACAGAUCAAGAGACCUACAAGAUUACUGCUGUCGAUUCUGAUUUUGAAUCUGUUAAGGAAUUAAAGGUGCAGAUUAGACCUGCCUCUAUUACAGUAAUAGAGCGCCACUCUGUCCAACUCCUAGUGAUAGCUGAAUCCACAGGGCUAGUAGAUGUCAUCAAUGUGAUGGAGCUGCACCUUGAAGGUGUUGACAAGGAAGGUGCUAAACCAGACUUUAAAGUGGAUUAUGUGGAGGGUUUGAGAGGUCAGAUUGAGGGUGACACAGAACCCUGCUAUAUAGUUUCGGUUUGUAUGUUGGACAACACUAGAGUGGCAGCACUUGACCAGACAAAUCACAAUGUAAAAGUAUUCUCUUUAGAAACAGGGCAGCUGGAUUUCACAUUUGGUAAAGAUGACCUUGAAAAACCAUGUGCAAUUAUCGUAAAACCAGGGGAGGACAAAGAUAAAAUCCUCGUGUGUGACAUCACAAACAAUGGGUGCAUAAAAUGCUUUGAUUUAACUGGUGUAUUACUUCAUACAGUUGUGAGUGAAGUCGGAGAAAAUAUCCGUGGUAUCACGGUUGAUCGCCGUGGAUCUUUGUUGUUAUCAGUCGGGAGUAAAAUACGAACUUAUAACGGGACUAUCUGGGGUGAGCUUCUACAGGAUAGACAAGUUGGGGAGAGGACCCACCUCUCUACCCCUCAGGGAAUAGCUGUAGGGAAAGGCGGAAAAGUUGUUGUCACAGACGAAGAAACUAAUUCAGUCAGUAUCUAUCAGGACUCGGGCGGGAACCUCCUGUACAAUUAUGGAUCACAUGGUCGGGGACCCGAGGAGUUUCUUCAUCCAAAUGGCGUAUGUAUUGACAAACAUGGAAGUAUUUUUGUGGCUGAUUGGGGGAACAGUCGAGUCCAUCGAUUAUCUAGAACCGGGCAUUUUCAGGGAUUUGUCGCAGAUCGCGAGGAUGCCUUGGAGAUGCCCAUGGCUUUGUGUAUAGCUGGGGGCAAUCAUCUAGUAGUUACUGAAAUGAUGCGGGGCACAAUUAGGUUGUUUCCUAUUCCCAGUAUAUGAAGCAGAUGUUAGUAUAGUCAAAAAUGCCAGUGUUUCAUAUACUGCAGUGUUGUAUCUAAUGGGUGCUUCAACAAGAGAUUUUGGAAACGGGCUAAGUAC